UCGGCUUCCGGGCUGUGGUCGGUCCUUUGUCUCUCGCUGCAGCCGGAGGUCAAGGUCUUGUCCUUACUGCUGUGUGUCCUCUGCUCCUAGAGGCCCAGCCUUUGUGGCCCUGUGACCUGCGGGUAUUGGGAGAUCCACAACUAAGUCGCCAGGACCCCCUGGAAGCCUAGAAAUGGGAUCAUUAACAUUUAGGGAUGUGGCCAUAGAAUUAUCUCUGGAGGAGUGGCAAUGCCUGGACACUGCACAGCAGAAUUUAUAUAGAAAUGUGAUGUUAGAGAACUACAGAAACCUGGUCUUCCUGGGUAUUGCUGCCUUUAAGCCAGACCUGAUCAUUUUUCUGGAACAAGGAAAAGAGCCCUGGAAUAUGAAGAGACAUGAGAUGGUGGAAGAACCCCCAGUAAUAUGUUCUCAUUUUGCUCAAGAACUUUGGCCAGAGCAGGGCAUAGAAGAUUCUUUCCAAACAGUGAUAUUAAGAAGAUAUGAAAAAUGUAGAAAUGAGAAUUUACACUUAAAAAUUGGUUGUACCAACGUGGAUGAGUGUAAGGUGCACAAAGAAGGUUAUAAUAAACUUAACCAGAGUUUGACAACUACACAGAGCAAAGUAUUUCAACGUGGCAAAUAUGCAAAUGUCUUUCAUAAAUGUUCAAAUUCAAACAGACAUAAGAUAAGGCAUACUGGAAAGAAACGUUUGAAAUGUAAAGAAUAUGUCAGAUCAUUUUGCAUGCUUUCACGCCUACCUCAACGUAAAAGAAUUUAUACUAGAGAGAAUUCCUACAAAUGUGAAGAAAGUGGCAAAGCUUUUAACUGGUCCUCAACCCUUACUCAUUAUAAGAGUACUCAUACUGGAGAGAAACCCUACAAAUGUAAAGAAUGUGGCAAAGCCUUUAGUAAGUUCUCAAUCCUUACUAAGCAUAAGGUAAUUCAUACUGGAGAGAAGCCCUACAAAUGUGAAGAAUGUGGCAAAACCUUUACUAAGGUCUCAACCCUUACUACACAUAAGGUAAUUCAUACUGGAGAGAAACCCUACAAAUGCAAAGAAUGUGGGAAAGCCUAUAAGUGGUCCUCAACACUUAGUUAUCAUAAGAAAAUUCAUACUGGAGAGAAACCCUACAAAUGUGAAGAAUGUGGCAAAGCUUUUAAUCGAUCUGCAAUCCUUACUAAACAUAAGAUAAUUCAUACUGGAGAGAAACCCUACAAAUGUGAAGAAUGUGGCAAAGCCUUUAGUAAGGUCUCAACCCUUACUACACAUAAGGUAAUUCAUGCUGGAGAGAAGCCCUACAAAUGUAAAGAAUGUGGCAAAGGCUUUAGUAAGUUCUCAAUCCUUACCAAACAUAAGGUAAUUCAUACUGGAGAGAAACCCUACAAAUGUGAAGAAUGUGGCAAAGCCUAUAAGUGGCCCUCAACCCUUAGUUAUCAUAAGAAAAUUCAUACUGGAGAGAAACCCUACAAAUGUGAAGAAUGUGGCAAAGGCUUUAGUAUGUUCUCAAUCCUUACUAAACAUAAGGUAAUUCAUACUGGAGAGAAACCCUACAAAUGUGAAGAAUGUGGCAAAGCCUUCAGCUGGUUCUCAGUCUUUAGUAAACAUAAGAAAAUUCAUGCUGGAGAGAAAUUCUACAAAUGUGAAGCAUGUGGCAAAGCCUAUAAGUCAUCCUCAACCCUUAGUUAUCAUAAGAAAAUUCAUACUGGAGAGAAACCCUACAAAUGUGAAGAAUGUGGCAAAAGCUUUAGUGCAUUCUCAAUCCUUACUAAACAUAAAGUAAUUCAUACUGGAGAGAAAGCCUACAAAUGUGAAGAAUGUGGCAAAGCUUUCAACUGGUCCUCAAACCUUAUGGAACAUAAGAUAAUUCAUACUGGAGAGAAACCCUACAAAUGUGAAGAAUGUGGCAAAGCCUUCAGCUGGCCCUCAAGCCUUACUGAACAUAAGGCAAUUCAUGCUGGAGAGAAACCCUACAAAUGUGAAGAAUGUGGCAAAGCUUUCAACUGGUCCUCAAACCUUAUGGAACAUAAGAGAAUUCAUACUGGAGAGAAACCCUACAAAUGUGAAGAAUGUGGCAAAAGCUUUAGUACGUUCUCAAUCCUUACUAAACAUAAGGUAAUUCAUACUGGAGAGAAACCCUAUAAAUGUGAAGAAUGUGGCAAAUCCUAUAAGUGGUCCUCAACCCUUAGUUAUCAUAAGAAAAUUCAUACUGUAGAGAAACCCUACAAAUGUGAAGAAUGUGGCAAAAGCUUUGUUAUGUUCUCAAUCCUUGCAAAACAUAAGGUAAUUCAUACUGGAGAGAAACUCUACAAAUGUGAAGAAUGUGGGAAAGCCUAUAAGUGGCCCUCAACCCUUAGAUAUCAUAAGAAAAUUCAUACUGGAGAGAAACCCUACAAAUGUGAAGAAUGUGGCAAAGGCUUUAGCAUGUUCUCAAUCCUUACUAAACAUAAGGUAGUUCAUACUGGAGAGAAACGCUACAAAUGUGAAGAAUGUGGCAAAGCCUUUAGUAAGGUCUCAACCCUUACUACACAUAAGGCAAUUCAUGCUGGAGAGAAGCCCUACAAAUGUAAAGAAUGUGGCAAAGGCUUUGGUAAGUUCUCAAUCCUUACUAAACAUAAGGUAAUUCAUACUGGAGAGAAACCUUACAAAUGUGAAGAAUGUGGCAAAGCCUAUAAGUGGCCCUCAACCCUUAGUUAUCAUAAGAAAAUUCAUACUGGAGAGAAACCCUACAAAUGUGAAGAAUGUGGAAAAGGCUUUAGUAUGUUCUCAAUCCUUACUAAACAUGAGGUAAUUCAUACUGGAAAGAAACCCUACAAAUGUGAAGAAUGUGGCAAAGCCUUCAGCUGGUUCUCAGUCUUUAGUAAACAUAAGAAAAUUCACACUGGAGAGAAACUCUACAAAUGUGAAGAAUGUGGCAAAGCCUAUAAGUGGCCCUCAACCCUUAGUUAUCAUAAGAAAAUUCAUCUGGAGAGAAACCCUACAAAUGUGAAGAAUGUGGCAAAACUUUUAGUAAGGUCUCAACCCUUACUACACAUAAGGCAAUUCAUGCUGGAGAGAAAACCUACAAAUGUGAAGAAUGUGGUGAAGCUUUCAACUGGUCCUCAAACCUUAUGGAACAUAAGAGAAUUCAUACUGGAGAGACACCCUACAAAUGUGAAGAAUGUGGCAAAGGCUUUAGUAUGUUCUCAAUCCUUACUAAACAUAAGGUAAUUCAUACUGGAGAGAAACCCUACAAAUGCAAAGAAUGUGGGAAAGCCUAUAAGUGGUCCUCAACCCUUAGUUAUCAUAAGA